AUGUCAGACAACGACGCGUUUGUGGACUUCCUGCUGUCGAUGUGCUGGGUAGUCUCUCUAGACACGCACCGUGGUUGGAAGGGAGUUCACCCAGACGCGGAUGUGUUCCCCAAAGUACUGUACUAUUCCGAUACGCUCUCCGAGCUGGUCCUGGACUGCCCCUCUCUGGUGCACGACAUCCCCGUGAGCCAACACCGUGCCAGCCGAACCUCGGCCAAGACUAACAACGCCAAGACACGCUCACACUGGUCACUCUCACACUCAGGCAACCACACACCCACACACCCCACACUUACACGCAGACCCCUCCACACCUACACACACACACACACACACACGUCGUCGAUAGUUAAGGGUUCGUCAGGUGCGAAUAGGGGGACGGUCCUGUCCAAUAACGGGAGAGGGGGUGUGGCCAGUCGUACUUUGAGCUCGCCUGUACCGUUGCGCUUAGCCGAUUUUGUACCGGAUGGAGAUGUACCUCCAGCUACACCCAGACCCAGAUUCGAAGAAGAGUCAUCAUUAUUGGGCGACGCAGACAGCAGACAGCCGUCAAAGACCACGCUAGGGGAUCGUACUACAGCACUCUCCAUGCCCGGCAGCCCGGUGAUACGAAUCAACGACCACUCUCAGUCCCACUCCUCGCCCGGCCGACCCAUCGCCCCAGUGAUCACACUCGACGAAGCACGUGCGCAGGCCGAUUCGGGAGACGAUACACCUACACCCAUACCAGCUCAUAACCGACGACAGAAAUACUCGCAUAAAGGAGCGGAGAUGGAGAAGGGGACAGAUGCCGUGACCUAUAACGCUAGGCAUAGUAAGAACACACCUACACGUUUAGAUAACAGAAAUAGCCCAUCAGACAGUGACGAGACGUCUGAAGAACUGAGCAGGAGGUCGUCCGAAACACUCACCGUGUUUGCCGAAACAACCACGUCGGUGUUACGGACAGGCGAGGACAAUAUCAGGCGUAGACCGAAAUCCGAAGGCACUCCGAAGCUUGUAGGAGACGUCGAGAGACCACCAGCACUGGGAAGCAGGUAUAUGUCAUUCGAUAAGCUCACAUCGAACGACAAGGAACAUAUGCGGCAACGCCUGGAGGACGAUAGCAACAGUGAUCCCGAUGCAGACGGCAAACAGAGGCUGAGCAGGAAUAAUUCGCCCACCCUGGGAGACGGGGACGUGUCCAUUGCCGAUAUAGAAACCACGAAUCAUUCCAUUGUGCGCAAGUGCGACCAAAUUGCCAAUUCGUUCGUGGUGGUCGUGUGGCUGGACAACUUUGACGAUUACGUCUUCUUUCCGUUUAAGGAUAAUGAGAAGCUUCGCCUGUACGUACACCCAUUGCCCUCUGGUCUAUUCCGCAUCAAAGUGGAGAGUGCGGUUCUGGAAGGUCCGUUGUUCGAUGGAAUGAUUGUGAGUCGGUCAGUUCUGGGGCCUUUGAUGAGGCAAACAGCACUCAAUGCGCUAAGACGCAAAAGGUUAAAUACAGAGAAAACUGGUAGUAGAAGAGAGGAAGAUGUUGCCAGGCCUCAUCACUUGCGCAAGUCGAAGAUUGAUGAUAUCAUACACAAGCAUGCGUCUGAGAAUUCACUACCAGAAUUCUACGAGCAACUGCUGAAACCGCUACAUUUUUAGAUAUUUUUAUCAUAUAGUGUGGUGUCUCAGGUCACCCGAAUAAACUCGUUGUGAUGAUGUUUG